AUGCGCUUGUUGAUUUUUGUUACUAUUAUUCUCCUGGUCUCAGGAAUCUCAGGAAAUCGUAGAUUCGGAUUCGGUGUCAAAACCUGCCCGAAAGGAUGGCUCCAAUUCCAACGCCACUGUUACAUCCGUCAACCGGACACCCUCGACUUCAAGGGAGCGAUGGAGAGCUGUGCACGUCAGGGAGCCACUCUCUUCCAAUUCGACUCAACUUUUGAGUUCGCUGCCGUUCGGAACCUCUUCCCAGAUUACAUGUUCACUUGGCUUCAGGCGGAAAUCGAGGAGGAAUUAGAAUGGCUCUACGAACCAUACGAAGAGAAAAUCAACGGAAAGAACACAGUCGCCACGUGUAUCGCCUUCUACUCGUCCCCAACCAAAAGCUACAACUACUACUAUCCAUGCACAUCCCGCUUCCACUCAAUCUGCGAAAAGCCCCUCGACGCUUUCCAUGUAUGGGUGGCUUAA